AAUAUAAACAACAGCUGGGCAUGGGGACAGGGAGCCACUCAGUCUUUUUACGCUCAACCCAGACAUGUUUUCACAUAACAUCAGCACUAGACACGUCCCUUUAACUUUCAGAAGGCUAUUUAUAGAUGGGCGGCGCAUGGAGAGAUCUGCUACGUUGUUUACUGCUGCAGGACCCACAGUGCUCGAGUGGAGUGCCAGACGCCCCGCGGGGCUCGCCACCAUGACUGACAGGUUGGUCGCAUCACAAACUUCUAGUUGCACGUCAAGGACAAACAAAUAUAACCAAAGAACCUUGGCCAGUGCAUCAUCCCCAAUCCCCAUUGUACGUCGAGGAAUUACUCUUGCUCCAAUAUCCUUAGGUUCCUACACCACAUCAAAUAAUGAGCGUCCAUUUACUCCAUCACCUAUGCCCUCGCCUCCAUCAUCUCCUCCAGCCCUCAGUUCUCCAUCAGGUUUCUUACAAGCCACCAAAGAUGCUAUGGAACGAGCAGUUUCUAAGCGUGGUUCAAAAGCCAGUGUUCUUGUCAUUGAUGAGGACAUGCGAGAUAUGUGUUACUACUACUCUCAACUUGGCACAGAUGAAAAGUCAGACUUUUUGAUUCACAUGGCCACUGCACUAUCUACCAAUCAUCAAGCUGUUCAAGAACUUAUCCAGCAGAAACCAGAGGCUGAUAUGAGUGAUGGAGAAAUAGAUGCCCAAAUUCUGAGGUGGGAGGACCGCUUACGUAUCGCUGUUCAGCCACCCCAUCACUGGGUUUUUUCACAAAUAUCUCGGCUCUCUGGAGGGGUCAAGUUUCUAGUGGACAUGCGUCAGGAUUUACUAAGCACAUUAUUUUCCAGGACUUCAGAUCCAUCCUAUUCUGCAGCUCUCAAGACUUUGGACUCCACACUUCGAGACCUUCUCUCCCUUUGGUUUACAGUUGGGCUCUUAAAUGUUCAACGCAUUACUUGGGAAUCGCCAUGCAAUAUGCUACAAAAGGUAUCAGAAUAUGAAGCUGUUCAUCCUGUCCGCAACUGGACUGAUUUAAAGCGUCGUGUGGGCCCUUAUCGCAGAUGUUUUAUUUUCACACACUCGUGUAUGCCUAAGGAACCCCUUGUAGUACUACACAUCUUCCUUACAAAUGAAAUAUCUAAAUCCAUGGCCAAAAUUCUGCAGAAUUCAAGGGCAUCUUCAAUAGAUGAAAGCAGCAUUAACAAGGACAGUGAAGAACCAUCAUUAAUCAACACAGCUAUAUUUUACUCAAUAACAUCAACACAAAAAGGACUUCAGGGCAUAGAACUUGGAAACUAUCUAAUAAAAAGAGUAGUACAUGAAUUGAAAGCUGAAUUUCCAAGCAUGUCACAAUUUUCCAGCCUCUCACCUAUACCUGGCUUUGUCAAGUGGUUGAACGGCAUGAUGGCAAGAGCACAAAGAGGUAAUGCUCACAUAUUUACAGAAACAGAGGUAAAUGCACUUCAAAUUUACCUGGAAGUGGAUUCAUCUUCAGAGGUGUAUGAGCGCCUUCGGAAAUUGUUCACAACAAAUGGGUGGAUAGAGGAACCAGAUGUGGUGGAAACUUUGGAAGUUCCAUUAAUGAGACUGUGUGCAUACUAUCUGUAUAUAGAGAAGAGAAGAGGUUAUACCCUUGAUAGUGUAGCAAACUUUCACCUGAAAAAUGGAGCUGUUAUGUGGCGUAUCAACUGGCUUGCUGAUCGCUCCCCUCGUGGCCUUGCUAACUCCUGCGGCAUUAUGGCCAACUAUAGAUACUUCCUGGAGGAAUGUGAAUGCAAUAGUAGGACAUAUCUGGAAACUACAAAAAUCAUUGCAUCUGAUACAGUCAUGUUCCAAGCAAAAACUGCUCAAGAUAUUAUAAAAGACAGUCCAACUGGCUCAGUGUCUCCUCCACUAUUUCCUCGAAGUCCAUCGCCGCCUGUCAUUACCGUCACUCCAGAUUCAAAGAUUUAAUUUGUUGCCAAGUGUUGGAUGGGGAGAAGCUUUUUAUGUGACCAUUUCCAAAGAAAAAUGUUUUGGAGUAAUAUAUCCCUUUUGUAUUGAUGGUGGUAAGUUAAUAGGGUCAUUGGUGCUAAAUGUUGCUGUGUCAUCACGGCAAUGUACAGAACAUGAAUUAUUAAUACAGUAUUGAUACUGUACUAUAUAGCAUAAUUUUUGUACACAUUUUUAAUUGUUUUAAAUUAUUUUGUUUAGUAAGAGCUUUAUACUGAAAUUUUUUAAAAAUAAUUUAAAUUUUUGUUUACUAUAAUGUUGAUAUUUUAUUAAAUGUUUUUGGGAAAAUGUUUCCUGUAAAAUAUAUAGUAGCUCUCAUAGAGUAGAACAUGGUUUAUCUUGUAUACAGAUUCAUACUUUCUCUAGGCCAGAAAGAUUUGCAUGGUUUAAGACUUAAGAAGACAGAAUAACAGGCUUUAUGCAAUGAUUAAUAACAAGACUGGCCCAUCAACAGAGCUCUCAUCUCUCUCUUUAUAAUGCAGAGCAUGUAUUAUGUUGAACAUCAUAUGUGAAAUUCUUGCUGUAUACUUUAUCUAGUCACAGUUUGUAUAUAGGAAAAAUGGUUUUGCAUACUGUAAAUAUAGUAUUGAAGCCUGAAAGCAUAUAGGUUUACAUAAUGCUUAAUAGCUUCAUAGUUGCUGUAUUCUUUAAUAACUGAUGAAAUAAAAGUGUAAGAAAACAUGUUAAUUACAAUUGAUUUUAUGAAAAUAGAUUUUGUGUGUGUGU